AUGACCGGGCCAUGGCAGUUAUGGUGUUUCGGAGCGCCGCUACUAUUGUUCUUCGCCGGCAGCGCAUGCGGCAAUAACUUUUCGGAUGCUUACGCCAAAUACACGGAAAUCUGGAGCAAGGUUUCACAGCCCGGCUUCGACGGCAUCGCGAAGAUGAGGAAGCUCGCUGAUGCAGCCGACACGUUCCUCGGAUUGGCCGGUACCCUCGUGCAGUCCGCCUUGAAUAUCACCACCGACGACCCGAAGAGCGACGAUGUCCGAGCCAGAAAUCAGCUGUUGCAGGACAUCGACACCCAGGAGGAAGCGAUACGGCAAUGGCUGUUCGAAGGAUUCCCUGCUCAACGGGCGUAUUCGGCCGGGAUGGAAUGGGAUACGGAGCUUUUUCGACUCAUCGUCUACAUCUGCCCGAUUCCAAAGAAGUCCGCAAUCCUACACUCUAUCUCUGCAACGAAAGCGGUGCGAAGGAUCGAGUCCAAGCUGCCGACACCUCGUCCAUCGAUUUCGACGGAGUUCAGCCAGGCGAAGGCAGAUUUCAUCUACGCUGUUGGAGCAACACCGGAAUACGAGGCCAAUACCAUGCUGUCGGACAUUUCUAAGGGUGCCUUUUGGUGCCAAUGUUGUGGAAAGCAGGGACCAGCCUCGUUUGAAGAGUUUACCAAAUUAUUGAAGGGCAUCACGAAGACUUCGUAUCAGUGGCCGUGCCAUCUAUGGGCAUCCGUCCAAAAUCGUGGUUUUACACGGGAGUCGAUGGAUCAGGAGCUAGAAUUGCUGAUCGUAACCAUGAAAUCUUUGAUCUUGUUCGGCACGGCGUGUGAGGAUGUUAAAAUGAAUGGGAUUCCAGGGGGACUUGAGGACUGGCAAAACGAGGCGAUCGACUGGGUCCGGAAAAUCAGUUCGCAUGCAGCUGACUGGGCCAGCACCGUUCAGGAACUUUCUUGGCCAGAGUGUCCGACGGAGCACGCGGAGGAUCGACUGUGGAAGCAAAAGCCAGCCACUGCCGACGAAGCGGCAUCGAUAGUGCGGCAAGCCCAUGAAGAUACUGGGCCAAAAGCAUGGAAAUACCAAACCCUGGCUCACCCCGGUGAUUGGGAGCCGGAACAGCAAUAUGCUGUGCGCGCCAUAAACGGGACGUAUGCGAACGUGACAAACGUAGAGGGCUGGACCGUGCACGUGUUCAAAUUCAAUUCCGGGGACGAUGCAUUCUCCGGUAGAGUGGAGGAAGCGAAAAUUCGCCUAAAUGAAGAGGACUACGCGGUCAAGAGAGCCUUGGGG